CCAAAACGACGAACUGGAUCGUACUUCGCACACCUACCCGGUGACUCUUCAGCUCUCCGUCUUCUUCCCCAACUAUCAACUCUCCGAUUUCGUUACAAUCCAAACCCUAAUCUAACCUAAUUUCCAAUUCCCGAUUCCCGAUUCCCAAUUCUCGGUUGUUUCGAUUCCUUUCUGUUUCGAAGCCCUCAGGAAAUAUUUUCAUUUUGUUUUUGCUGGAUUUGAUUAAUUCAUGGCCCGCGGCAAAGAGAAUUCACUCGCUCCUGGGUUCCGAUUCCACCCAACCGAUGAAGAACUAGUCUGGUACUAUCUGAAGCGUAAGGUCUCCGGCAAGAACUUCCGAUUUGACCCCAUAUCGGUCAUCGAUAUCUACAAGACUGAGCCUUGGGACCUCCCUGGCAAGUCGAAGCUGAAGACUAGGGACUUGGAGUGGUACUUUUUCAGUUUUCUGGAUAAGAAGUAUGGAAAUUCGUCGAGGACGAAUCGGGCUACUGAAAAAGGGUACUGGAAGACUACGGGUAAGGAUCGCCCUAUUAAACAUAAUUCCCGGGAUGUUGGGAUGAAGAAGACGCUGGUUUUCCAUAGCGGGCGAGCCCCCACCGGUGCAAGAACCAAUUGGGUUAUGCAUGAGUAUCGCCUUUCCAACGAGGAGUUGGAAAAAGCUGGAAUUCAACAGAAGGAUCCGUAUGUGCUUUGUAGGAUAUUCCAGAAGAGUGGCACGGGACCGAAGAAUGGGGAGAAGUACGGCGCCCCGGUUAUGGAGGAGGAAUGGGACGAUGAUGACGUGACUUGUGUACCUGGUGAAGAGGCGGCUGCUAAUGUAGUGGCAGUCAGCGAAGAGCCAGAUAAUGAAGCAAAUGAUUUCAACAAUGGGGCUUAUGUUGAAGCAUUUGACCUUGAUCAGAAUCUUGACACAGGAAUUCCGUCUGAAAGUGCACCACCUCCUUUGAACUUCUAUCAUGGGGAGACGAGCAACUACAUUGAGCAUUAUGGGGACUUUGUUGAAGAUGAUACAAAGGCUGUGAUAGGCACUGGGGAAACUUCUGAAUAUUGCGAACACCAGAUGUUCUUUGGAUACCCAGAGCAUUAUGAGACGGUUGGGAACCCAGUCAAAAAUGAAUAUAUAACCUCACAAAAUCCUGAGGACCUGAAGUUUGUUGACUUGACAGAGCACUAUGAGGCUGAUGCAAAACCAGUCAAAGAUGAAUGCUUUCUUGAACCAAGCGAUGGUGCAAAUCCAUCUGUUGUCAAUUAUUCACUUAAUGAACCAUAUUUGGAUGCUACUGAGAAUAAUAAGCCAUUUGGUGAUGGGCUGUUCCUUGAAACUAAUGAUCUUUCAAAUCCAGUCGAGUCAACUGCAGGCUUUGACAUGCUUGAUGAGUACCUUACAUACUUUGAUGCCAAUGAUGACAUCUCUCAGUAUAUUGAUUUUGAUUCUUGUGGCAAUGUUCCUGACCAAGCUCCAUCUAACCAGAAGCUUCUGAAUGGUGAAACUGAACCACAACCAAUGGGAGGUGAUCAUCUUGUACAACCAGAGCCACAACCAAUGGGAGGCGAACAUCUUGUACAACCAGAGGAUACUGAUGAUGCAUCUUUGUCAAAGAAAAUGCCCGAGUCCAAGUUUGAAUCAGAUGGUAACUAUCCCUUCAUCAAAAAGGCGAGUCACAUGAUGUUGGGCAGCAUACCGGCUCCACCUGCAUUUGCUUCAGAGUUCCCUGCUAAAGAGGCAAUGCUUAGGUUAAAUUCUGGUGCAUCGUCUUCCAGUUCGGUUCAUGUUACUGCAGGCAUGAUUAGAAUUAGAGACAUAACUUCAAGUGACAACAGGAUGGACUGGUCUUUUGGAAAGGAUGGGGUUGUCAACCUUGUGUUUUCUGUUCAGCUGUCGCAGAAUGAUGGAAACUCUGGCAAUCUGGUGCCGGUCGGUGGCUCACUCUCUGGAAAGACGGGAUGUGUGGUGAUGCGGGGAUGGUUUUUGUUUAUGUUUCUCUGGGUUCUGUUUCUUUCUAUGAGUUUCAAAAUCGGAAGCUACAUCUGUACCAGGUGAUGCUUCGACAGUAAUGGUGGUUUCUAGCCUAUCUCAGGAUCUUGUAGUAAACUUCCCCUGCUGACUAGGGGAAGAUGCUAGUUCUUGCAAACUCGAUAUUUUAGUUAAUUGUUAUACUGACUGCAGAACUAAUUAUUUACACAAACCGUUUUAAGAUAGCGUAAAGUGUGUGAUAUUUUGAAUAGCUAUAUACUGAAUCUGAAUGAAUGUAAAACUGAAUUUUUGUUUCAGUACAUUAUUUCGUUCUAUAUACUAUUUCGUUGUA